GGAUAACCAUACCAGUUGAUGCAGUGCUCUGCUCUUUUAAAACAUUGUUGGAUGACUGAAGACUUAAGACCUACACUGCAGUUUCAUCCUUGACUUUUUAAAUCUGAGAAUUUCCUUCAGCAUUCCUGAUGGAGAGGAUCAGUUCUAACGGAGGGGAGUAUGUUAACUCCGCUUAUGAUACGACACUGGAUGGGCCUCCUGUCUAUGAAGUGACGAGCCUCUCUAACGGGGAGAACCGGGCUGUCCGGUUUUCGGUGGUCAGUGCUUUUGGUCAUGACACUUUGGACAGAGUGCCCAACAUUGACUUCUAUCGUAAUGCGGGCAGUGUGAGUGGUCACCGGGCUGUGCGACCUUCCCUCCAGGAGCUCCACGAUAUCUUUCAGAAGAAUGGAGCAAUCUCUGUGCCAGACACUGUGGAUGACAGUGGCGAUGGGAGUGACGGGACCCCCUCUGAUGAUGUGGAGUCUGCUGAGCCCAUUGAGAACAACAGUGGAGCAGUAAAGUUUGGCUGGAUAAGGGGUGUCUUGGUGAGAUGCAUGCUGAACAUCUGGGGUGUGAUGCUGUUCAUCCGUCUGUCCUGGGUGUUUGGACAGGCAGGCUGGGGUCUGGGAAUCGUGGUCAUCGCUCUGAGCUGUGUGGUGACCACCAUUACUGGCCUUUCCAUGUCCGCCAUUUGCACUAAUGGUGUGGUCAGAGGAGGAGGAGCCUACUAUUUGAUAUCUCGCAGUUUGGGACCAGAGUUUGGAGGGUCGAUUGGUCUGAUUUUUGCCUUUGCCAAUGCAGUGGCUGUAGCCAUGUAUGUGGUGGGAUUCGCUGAGACAGUGGUUGACUUGCUCAAGGAGCAUGAUGCCCUUAUGGUGGAUGAAAUAAAUGACAUCAGAAUCGUCGGAUGCAUUACGGUGGUGUUGCUGUUGGCCAUAUCAGUUGCUGGAAUGGAAUGGGAGGCCAAGGCACAGAUUGUUCUACUCAUUAUUUUGCUGGUGGCCAUAGUGAACGUAUUUGUGGGAACAUUCAUUCCUGCAACUGAGACUAAGAAAUCCCAAGGCUUCUUCAAUUAUAACGCAAAAAUAUUCUCAGAAAAUUUUCCUCCAGCGUUUCGAGAUGGUGAGAGUUUUUUCUCAGUGUUUUCCAUCUUUUUCCCUGCUGCAACGGGAAUCCUGGCUGGAGCCAACAUCUCUGGCGACUUGCGGGAUCCCCAAGCAGCCAUACCUAAAGGUACCCUGCUGGCAAUCUUAAUCACUGGUAUCACCUACCUGGCUGUUGCCCUUUGUGUCUCUGCCACUGUUGUCCGAGAUGCCACAGGAAACAUAACUGACAUCAUUACCGGCAAUAAUCAUCACUGCAAUGGUUCAGCAGUAGCUGCUUGUGAGCUCGGCUAUGAUUUCUCCUCCUGUGAAGUAGAUGACUGUAAAUUUGGCUUGAUGAACAACUUCCAGGUGAUGACCAUGGUAUCUGGAUUUGGUCCCCUCAUCAUUGCUGGAACGUUCUCAGCCACCCUUUCAUCAGCCUUGGCUUCCCUUGUCAGUGCUCCCAAAGUCUUCCAGGCACUGUGUAAAGACAACAUCUACAAGGCCCUGCACUUCUUUGCUAAGGGAUAUGGCAAGAACAAUGAGCCAAUUCGUGGCUACGUCCUCACUUUCAUCAUUUCUGUGGGCUUCAUUCUCAUUGGUAAUCUCAAUAUCAUUGCUCCUAUCAUCUCAAACUUCUUCUUGGCAUCUUAUGCUCUCAUAAAUUUCUCCUGUUUCCAUGCAUCCUACGCCAAGUCUCCAGGUUGGAGACCAGCAUAUAAAUUCUACAACAUGUGGUUAUCCCUGUUGGGUGCGGUGCUCUGCUGUGGUGUUAUGUUUGUUAUCAACUGGUGGGCUGCUCUCCUCACAUAUGGCAUUGAAAUCCUCCUCUACAUUUAUGUGACAGUCAAGAAGCCAGAUGUGAACUGGGGUUCAUCCACGCAGGCAGUGACAUUUGUGAGUGCAGUCAGCAAUGCUCUGUCACUAUCUGGAGUAGAAGAUCAUGUCAAGAACUUCAGGCCUCAGAUCUUAGCAUUGACAGGUUCAGCACGGACCAGACCGGCUCUCCUAGACCUGGCUCAUGGCUUUUCAAAGAACUAUGGACUCUGUCUCUCCUGUGAAGUGUUUGUGGGCCCAAGAUCAGAGGCCCUUGAAGAGAUGAAUUCUGGCAUGGAGAAGAACCAGCUGUGGCUGAGGAAAACCAAACGCAAGGCAUUCUACGCUGCUGUGGCCUGCGAAAGCUUCAGGGAAGGGACUGAGAGCCUGCUGCAGGCUUCUGGUCUUGGUCGUAUGAAGCCUAACACACUGAUGAUAGGCUUCAAGAGGAACUGGAGGACUGCAGGCACAGAGGCGUUGCUGAGUUAUGUGGGAGUGCUGCAUGAUGCAUUUGACUUUGAGUAUGGAACAGUGAUAUUGAGGAUGGACCAGGGACUUGAUGUGUCACAUAUUAUCGAGGCAGAAGAGGAGAUGCUAAGGGCAGUGAAAGAGCAACAAUCACUGGAGACUGACCUAAAUGGAAGGAAAGCUUCCAGAGGACUGUUCAGGAAGACCAGAAAGUCCUCGACACAAGUGCUCACCACCAGAGUGUCAGUGUGCGGCCCUCUGCCCCCGCAGGUUGCCAAGAUGAAUGAGAGGCUGAUCGAGGCCAGUUCUCAGUUCAAGAAGAAACAGCCUAAAGGCACCAUUGAUGUGUGGUGGCUGUUUGACGAUGGAGGUCUUACCCUGCUGCUCCCCUACAUCCUAACCACCAGGAAGAAGUGGAAAGACAGUAAAUUAAGGAUCUUCAUUGCAGGGCAGCCUGAACGCAGUGAGCUGGAUAAACAGGAGAUGAUGUCACUGUUGGAGAAAUUCAGAAUUAAGUACAGUGAGAUCAUUGUCCUUGAUGACAUCCAUGUCAAACCCAGUUCUGACAGCUUGAAGAAGUUAGAGGACAUGAUUGAGCCUUUCCGUCUGCAUGAGGGGUCUAAAGACACCGCCCAGGCUGAAGCCCUGCGGAAAGAGCAUCCCUGGAAAAUCACUGACGAAGAGCUGGAGACAUUUGAGGAGAAGACCAACCUCCAGGUACGACUGAAUGAGUUGCUUCAGGAAAACUCCAAAUCAGCCAAUCUGGUCAUUGUGAGCAUGCCAAUUGCCCGUAAGUCUGUCUCUGAUCACCUCUACAUGGCCUGGCUGGACACUCUCACAAAGGACCUUCCACCCACCCUGCUAAUUAGAGGAAACCACAAGAGUGUGCUUACUUUCUACUCCUGAGCACCUUGCAGGCUCAGUAGUAGAGUACUAGGUAGCGUGAAAGGAAAAUGAAAGGUUGUACCAUAAUGAUGAACCAUGUUCAUAAAGCGUACCAGAACCUUGGAUGAUAUUAUUCAGUCUUCCAGACCAUCACCACUGUGUAACACAAUCCACCAUUUUUAGUGAAGUCCUGAUGAGGGGAUUCAAACUCCAAGUCUGAUUGGAACAGCCAGUUGUAGUCGUCACACUAAACAAUACAUACAAUACAUACAUACAUACAUACAUACAAUAAAAUAUAAGACAUAACUGAAAGAAAUCUUAAAAGUAUUCACCUGGCUUAGCUGACUAUGGUAUAAUAAAAACAAAGUUUCAGUCAUAGCGAAAUCUUGUUACCAAUGUAAACUUUUAACUUCUCUGCUGCACCCAGAGCUCUCUAUCAAUGCUGUUAGUGAUGAACAAGACUGGUCUAAAUAAGGAAAUAUAUAUUUCUGACAAUGAAUUAGAGAAUGUCAGACAGUCUGAGUGUGAAUUUGGGAGCACAGGCGAAGUUUAAGCUUUUCGCAACAAUGGACAGCUUCGAACAAUAAUGUUAUACUAAGACAAGCUUAUAAUUUGGGGUUCAGGCAGGGAUACAAGGCUGCUUUCAAUGGUUAAACUGAGUGACUGCGUUGCCUGGUGCCGUGAUUGUAAAAUAAAUGUAUAUAGUAGAUGUUUGAACUCACUGCUGAAUAUUUUUUGAAAAAAAAAAAAAAUUUUCAUAAAUGAUUAACAGCAUGAUAUUGGCUACAUUAGUUUUUUAAACAGUGAUAAUAAUGGUAAAAUUAUUUUGUAAGCUUUCUUUGAUAUUCACUAAGUUUAAAAUACACUGCUAUUAUAAAGCUGUUUACCUCUUCCACAUUAUACUGUUUAAAUAUUGUUAAGGUUACUCUCAGUACACUUUUUGUUUGAUGAAAACUAAAGCUUGUAAACUCAAUUCCUCUGUGUGUUUUACCUUAUCUGUCUUCCUAUUUAAAUAUAUAAUUGUGAUUUACUGAU